GGUGAACGCGCAUGCGCAGUGAAGAGGAAACUGCCGAGGUUCGUUUCAUGGUAUGUGUGGUUGAUUUUGUACGAAUCAGAGAGAGGGAGAGCAAGAAGAGUGUUUAGGAUUCAUUCGUUGGGACAACCCUUAUCACCAACCUGUCACUGAAACUGAAAUCGGAAAGAGAAGAACGCCUGUAAUGACAGCCGUGUCAAGAUAGCUGAAUGAUUGAAUAAGCACAACAGAGGCAUCGAUAGCUGAUAACAACUAAACAGCAAACAGAUCUGAGAGAAAAGAGGAAAAAUAUCCAGUCGGACUAUCUAGCUGUUGGGCUGUCCCUGAAAGCGUGUAGUGUGGGAAAGACUGUAAACUAGGAAAGACAUGGCAGACUCUGACUUGGACUUCACAACAGGCGAUGCUGGUGCCUCCGCUACCUACCCCAUGCAAUGUUCUGCCCUGCGCAAGAAUGGUUUCGUGGUGCUUAAAGGUCGACCAUGCAAGAUUGUGGAGAUGUCCACAUCCAAGACUGGCAAACAUGGACACGCAAAGGUUCACAUGGUGGGCAUUGACAUUUUCUCUGGCAAAAAGUAUGAGGAUAUAUGUCCCUCAACCCACAAUAUGGAUGUCCCUAACAUCAAAAGAAUGGACUACCAGCUUAUUGGGAUACAGGAUGGCUACCUGUCCCUGCUCCAGGACAGUGGCGAGGUCAGAGAAGACCUGAAAAUGCCAGAGGGAGACCUGGGCAAAGAGAUAGAAAGCAAGUUCGAUGCUGGUGAAGAAAUCCUGAUCACGGUCCUGUCUGCUAUGAACGAGGAAGCUGCAGUAGCCAUCAAAGCCAUGGCUAAAUAAAACACAGCAGGGGAUGACAAGAUGCACUGGACCUGGAUAAGAGAGAAUCAGACCUCAGCAAAUGCUAUCCUCCUUUUUGUUUUUUCAUUCUUUCUCUACUUCUCUUUCUGCAUUUAAACCCCAUAUGUGGGUAAAAACUAGAAAAUAAUUGGAACAAAAAAUUCUGGGAAAAUCAGAAAAAAAAAUCAACAGAAAGUUGAAUGUAUUAAAAGAGACAGAGAUGGAAAGUGAGCUUAAACGCUGUAGUGAUGGACAAUUGGGGUGGGAAACAUUUUGGGUGGGGGUGUACCUCCUAUGUCUUCACUGGUAUAUGGCAUGGCACUGGUAUGUGAUUGGCCAAACUUAUGCAUUUUCGUUCAAUUCAAAACAAUAAAUAGGACAUAUAGACCCCCCCCAUCAUAAUUCACAAUAGAUGUAAGAGGUCUUUUAUGCAAAGGAAAAACACAUUUUCCUGUGAAGUACAGAUAUAAAGGCCAUGACAUGAGUAAUAGAAAGCAGUUUUGUCUCUCUUCGCUACAGGACCAAGUGAUUGUACCUUCCCUUUCAUCUUCCAGUACCUUAAUGUAAGCAUCCCUUAGGAAGGGACGACAAUAUCACACAAGCAGGUGUGCAUGUAUGGAUACAGGAAGACUGACCCCAAAAUAAAGAGGGGGGGGGGGGUCACCAUUGUAUCAAAAUUUCACAAGGAUUUGCUUUCUUUCUAUGUGAAAGAUGCAAGGUGUCGUAAGCCUUAGAUCUCUUGCUAAAUCACACACCACACAUUUCUGCCUGUAAUGUCCUGGCCUGAAGUGGCCUAUGGUGGCUUGCUUUACGACAGAUUACCACAAACUCCUGUCUUCAAGUAUAGGGGCUGGAUGAAAAUUUGAAAGAAUGGUAAUCACCCCCUUUAAAACUGGUUGCGUCCUAAUCGGGUCAUGAUUACAGAUAUUACUGUCCUACACAUUACUCUACUGUCAAGUGAAGUGUGAGUAAUGUUGUUUUUGUUCGUUCAGAGACUGUGAUUAAGAAAUAAAAAUAUAAAGUCAUUUGUAUUCUAGCAAGGCAACCCAACUCGAUAUUAAAGAGAGCACAUAUAAAUCACGACUUUGUUUCAGUUUGUGAUGGGUUUUGGGCUCUUUGUACUCAUUGUUUAUAGUCAAAUAUUACCUAUAAUGGCAUGGUUGCUGGCAAACUCAAAAAAGAAAAGAAAAAAUUGCAUUUAAAGACAAAACAACUGAAAAAGUUUGACAAAGUUAUCUUAAUUGUAUAGCCGGGAUAAAGCCAUGUAAUGCAAGACAUAUCUCUGUUACUCAUCUACUUAACUGUAUUACUAACAAACACAAAGUUUAUUGUGAAAUUUUUCUUCUGAAUUUUUUAUAAGAGCUUGUACUUAACUUCCAACCCAAGAAAAUCUUCUGACAUAAAGCGACUCUCUGCAUCAUAAUCACAAAGCCAACAACAGCAAAUUGUGUACAACCUUUUAUGUAGUUGCUCAAAAUACACUUUUAAAACAGUUUCAGAUACACAUUAUCAAGAGGCAUUCCCACCCACAAAGGAAAUUAAUGUCUGCCAUAGAUCGAGAACCUUUAUAGUCCAUAAUUAUUUAUGAACCACAGGUUUUGUUGCAUGGGACAUUAAUUACUCAAUGUAAAAAGACUAUUCAAAUUGACUGGCUUUCUUCUAAAGUCUCAGAAAAGAGCUUUGUGUAACAUGCCACCUUGUUAUGAUCAGAUUUUAGUUGUUAAUGUGGUUUUCCAUGAUGAUAGAAUCUCUGUCCAGGCUGAGGAAGAAAUGCGUGCCGUGAUGCCGGCUGAGGAGAACUCUGAAAUGGAGCCUAAGACAGAAUAAAGAAGAAAAAAAACUCUGUGUAAACUAUUGUAUAAUAUUAAAAACAUGAAAUUAGCUGAAAGGGAUAGUUCACCCCAAAAUGUAAAUUUUAUCGUAAUUUAGUCAACCUCUUAAUCAACCUUAUUCUGUUGAACACAAAAGAAAAUGGUAACCACGCAGUUGACGGCACCCACUGACUUCCAAAUACUAUGGAAGUCAAUCGUUGCCAUCCCUGUGUGGUUACCAUCAUGUAUCAAAAUAUCAUCUUUGGUGUUCAACAGAAUAAAGAAACUUAUACAGGUUUAGAGCAACAUGAGGGUGAGUAAAUGAUAAUAAAAUUUACAUUUUGGUCUGAACUAUUCCUUUAUCUGUGAUAAAACGUUUCAAUAUUGCUAAAUAUUGUUUUAAUACUAAAGGAUCAAAUGAUGUUUAAUUGUAGAAAUUAUGGUUUGUGGUAAUGCAGAAUGUAAAGUAGACAUGAGCACUGAAAAUAACAGCAAAAGUGUUCUGUAGCUCAACUAAUACGAGCAACACAGGUCACGGGUUCGAUUUAUGGUGAAUGCAUGAAUUGCUGAAACAAAUAUAUACCCUGAAUGCACUUGGAUAUAAGUAUCUGCCAAAUGUAUAAAUGCAAUGUAAAUUUAAAAAUGAAGCAAAGUAAUAAUACAACUUGAGAUGGAUUAAAGGAAAUGAAAUAAUGACAACAU